CGGAGAAAAGCAGCACAACCUGCACGGCGACACCUGUAGACAAACUCCUUGUGCUGACUUCAGCGGUUGUUUUUUUCCAGGAACAAAAAACGCGGAUGAAGCCGAAGCCAUUGGUGCGGAAUGAGGGCGUGAAAGUUGUGGGAAUGUACCGUGAGCCAAAGCGAGCAGGAGAGAAGCUGAAUUAACAGAAAGUUGAUCGGUCUCGUCCGUGCAGAGAGCGGAGACGGCAGCAGGUAUCUGGUAGAUGGGAAGAAAAUGGAGGUGAACAGAAAAGAAGUUCCUUUAUACGGACAGGUUGAUGGUUGUGUAUUGCUCCAAGACACAGCCCCUGAAGAUUGCCAGUUUUAUAUUGUUGCACAAGGCUCCAGACUUACUCAUGUGACCACAGCAAAAAGAGGCAGUGGCGAGCGGACUUUUUGUUUCACCGUUCCAGGUCAUGACCGUGUAGAAGUAGUCUCUGUUACAGCCUACAUCUCCACGAAUGAUGGCAUUUAUCCUUAUGGGUCUAAAGCAUCUCUUGAAUACUUUAGGGAUGAUGCUCAGGAAGCAGCAGAGUAUCUUAGUGGAAACAGGGACCAGUUUGGGCAUCAGAGCUAUCAGGAGGUCCUGAGGAGGUUUCCUCUGUUAGUUCAGGCAGCUGAUGAGGAGCUCUGUGGUGGGCUGUUAGCGUGCAGAGAACGAGAGACGCAGCUCAGGGGAAGUUCAGGUGAUGGCCUGAGGCAUCUGGAUCAGAAGAUCACUCUGGCCCUGGCUAACAUGGAUUAUCCUCAGCAGUGGAAAAACUCUAACUGGGAGCCUGGAGAAGGUGCUGAACAUCACCCCAAAGAAACCCUCCUUCACCUCGCUGUCCACUUGCAUUUAGUGCACCUGACUCGUUUUCUAACUUACCAAACUGGAAGUCAAAGAUUGUUGAGCGUAUGCGAUGAGGAAGGAGAAGCGCCGCCCCAGCCACCUCAGAGGGACGGAUGUCAAUCCGCCUUCAGGGACCUGGCAGUUCCCCCAGAGGCUGCUGUCGACCUGCCUCUUCCAGGUGUCUUCUGUCUGUGGGCUGACAGCUCCUGCAUGUUGAGGUUUUGUCCAGGAACGGAGUCUGUUUUUCUCACUCUGCGACAGGCUGCUCAUAACUGCCCCCAGGAUGCGAUUAUGGUUCUCAGAGAAAGACUCAAAGACCACAGAGUCUGCAGACAGAUCAACAUUCUGAGAGUUGGUGCUGGGGGUCACAAGAGUCACAAAAAUGAAGAUCAUCUGAAUGAUCGAAGUCGCGCCAAGGAGCUUAACAUAGAUGGGAAUGUGCUGGUGGACAAUGUUUUUGAGGAUCAGUCAACCUUGUUUUUAAUUGACACAGAUAGCGAAGAAGAAAACUCAUCCUCUUCGUCUGUAAAUGGGCAUCCCGGACUGAACAGUGAAGUUCAGAACCAGUUCAGCCAGCGUGCUUCAGAGCUCUCCAUGAUCAACGGCAGUGAUCAGACCCUUGCACAGCAGACUCAGGCUAACAAAGAGGACACUAAGUUUAGAGUAGAUGAUGUGACAAGCGACAGCACGGGCACUGAUGGCAUUUUAUGGGACCCUGAUGAUCCUCUUGCAACCGACACCCCUCCACCCCAUUUCCACUUACAAGAUCUCCCUGCGUCUGUACCUAGCUCCCUCUCUCUCUCACCUGUUGAUCAGGCCCUCACGAGGCUGAAUUGUCAGCCCUCCACUGAUCUGAACAGUCAAAGAGACAGCACACUAAUGGAAACCUGUGAUAUCAGUCUGGUGGCCCUGGAAAUGGACAGUGAAGAAGAAACUCCAGAGCCAAAGUCUCUGCUUUCCCGACUAUUUUCAGAUGCUAGCAAAAGUGAAGACAAAAAAGAAACCCGGCGUCCAACUCCUGAUCUCACCUGUACUCGGGCCCAGUCGGCCUCCACAUGUGAUUCCAUCUCCAAAGACCUAAGUGAGGAAGGUGUUCGACUGCGCUCCUAUUCCUACUCGUACUCAAAGCUCUGUCCUAGUCGCUGCCCCCGGGACAACCACACAUCGGAAGAUGGCGUUCUCCACAGUGUCAGCCACAGCCGAUCUCUCCUUCAGGCGCUCUCUCUGUCUAAAUCCACCCUGUCUCUGUCUCUGCUCCACCCGGGUAAACAAAGAGCCUCCAGCAUAUCAGAGCAGUCCCACGACAAAAGAGAGAUUAGGUUCCGUAAACGGGCCCAGUCCGCUGAUGAUGAGGGCAGCCUUGAGCUGGCAGAGUCCCUGCAGCAUCUCACCCUGUCAGAGUUUCUCAAAGAAAUUGAAGAGGAGGAGUUGGAAAAGUAUAACAUUCCAACCAAGGCAGAGUCGGAGAAGUACAAAGUCAUUCGUACCUUCAGCUUCCUCAAGAACAGGAUGUCCAGCACACGUAACAAGAACAAGGGGAAAGGGAAGGACAGAGAAGCCAAGGAUAAGCAACUGAAUGGCCAUCGGUUUGGAACGGGCCCCUGUUUAGGACCCACACUGUGUGUGGUGUGUGACAAACCAGCUUCUGGAAAGGACCUUCUGCAUUGCUCAGGAUGCACUGCUAUUGUCCAUAAGAGCUGUAAGGAAUCUCUCCCACCAUGCUUGAAGAAACUUCAGGAUAGGUAUGCCCUGACUGUGGUGAAAAGCAAGACAGCAUCCCUUCCACAGAACUUCACAGUGAGAGAGAGUCCUCCCCAUUCUGUGAUCCCAAUUUCUGUUUCUCAACCUGUCCUUACCCCAAAGGAGAGGAAGGACACUGUGACACAGUCAUGUUCUCUGCCUGGAAGCUUACCCAACAGCAACAGUCUGCUCAUCGAGAGUUCAGAGACAGAAUCUGAAGCCCUGAAGCCAAACAACCAUUCAGAGGAGCUCCUGCCAACUCCAGGCUCCUCUGCCUCUAAUGAGUCAUCCUUCGGAGACGACUGUGUGGACUCAUAUAGUCACACCCACAGUAAUAUAUUAGCUGAUUGUGUUGAUUACGAGGCCGAGUCAUGGAGUCUGACGGUAGAGCACAAGUUCUGCAAGAGGCAAGACAAACAAGCUGUCAAGAGGCAGGAUGUUAUUUAUGAGCUGAUGCAGACUGAGCUCCACCACCUGCAGACCCUGCACAUUAUGGCCGAGGUUUUCCGGCGUGGCAUGAAGGAAGAAGUGCAGCUCGACACUGAAUCUGUGGAGCGGGUGUUUCCCUGUCUGGACCAGCUGCUUGUUUUCCACCACGCCUUCUUUGCUGCCAUGAAGGAGCGGCGUCAGAGUUCUGGCCAGCCUCAGGGUCAUACGAACUACCUGAUACAGCAAAUCGGAGACAUCUUGCUCCAACAGUUUUCAGAAGAGAAUGGAGAAAAAAUGAAGCAGGUAUAUGGAGAAUUCUGCAGUCAUCACAAUGAAGCAGUCAGCUUUUUCAAAGAUCUCUUGCUGCAUAACAAGAGAUUUCAAAGCUUCAUUAAGCAACAAGGUCAAAACUCUUUGGUGCGACGGAAAGAGAUCCCAGAGUGCAUUUUGCUGGUAACCCAAAGGAUCACAAAGUACCCAGUGCUACUAGAGAGGAUCCUACACUAUACUCAAGAGGAAACAGAGGAGCACGCCAACCUUUCCAAAGCACUGGCUCACAUUCGAGAAGUGAUAGUAGGUGUGGACCUGAGAGUCAGCGAAAAUGAGCGCCACCAGAAAUUACAGGAAGUGUGGAACCGCAUAGAGAACCGCAGCACGGCAAAGCUGAAGAGCGGUUACACCUUCCGCAAGCAGGACAUGAUGGGGCCAGGUCAAACCCUCAAAUACCAGGGCGUGCUCCUGUGGAAGACCGCCACUGGUCGUCUUAAGGAUGUUCUGGCACUCCUCCUCAGAGAUGCGCUCAUCUUCCUCCAAGAAAAAGACCAGAAAUAUGCAUUUGCCACUGUGGACCAGAAACCUCCUGUCAUCGCACUGCAGAAGUUAAUAGUUCGGGAAGUGGCGAAUGAGGAGAAAGGAAUGUUUUUGAUCAGCGCCUCUUCUGCAGGCCCAGAAAUGUACGAGGUCCACACUUCAUCCAAGGACGAACGAAAUACCUGGAUGAGGCUCAUUAGAGAGACUGUAGAAAGCUGUCCAGAGGAGCCAGAGGAAUAUGCAAGCGAAUCUGAAGAGGAGAAGGCUGCUGAGGCUCAUUUCCAGAAGAUCCUCAAGUUACAAGAGAGCUUAACGAGUCAGGACCAGCAGAUCUGCUCCAGCCUGGAGGAGAAGCUGCAGAUCUACACAGAGCUCUCUGUUCUGAGCGGGAGGACAGACCCUGCUGUGGUGGAGCCGCGGUUGCUGGUCCAGCCACAGCCAGAUGAGCUGCCGCUGGCUGCUGGGCUUCUGACUGCUGCUCUACAAGAAGCUGAAAACCUCAAAGCAACAUUGUCAUCCAAGGCCCGUUCUCUGUCGAGUCACAGCCAGGACUCGGACUCCUUGUUUCCCAUCAGCCCCGCCACACUCUCCGAUCCUGCAUCUGACUCCUCCGAUGUCGGAAGCCAGACCGAUGCUUUUGAGCUUCAGUCCACAGCUGACGAUGAGAGUACUGUCGAUUUUGAGUCUGCUCAGAGUGUCCGAAACCUGACUCAGCUACUCUACAGUUUGCAGGCUGCCGUAACCAUUCAGGACACUUGCUUUGAGGUCCAGAGGCUCCUUCUCCAAGCAAAUGAGCACACCUCACCCCGCGGCCACUGCUUGCACCUCCACGGCCUUCGCGGAAACACCCUGCAGGAGCAGGAGAAGCAGCGCAACCUGGAGAAGCGCAAGGAGGAAGUGGCCACAGCCCAGCGGCUCCAGGAGCAGCUGCGCCAGAAGAAGGAGCGCUGGGAGCGAGAGUGCCAGGCAAAGGAGAGUCAGCAGGUGGAGCAGGAGAGCAGGCUGGUGGAGAGGGAGAGAAAAUGCCAACUGGCUGCCGAGAAGCUGAGGCAGGAGAGAGAGGAGCUGGAGGAUCAACUCGAGGAGUACCAGCAGAGCCUGGAGAGACUUAGGGAGGGUCAAAGGAGUGUGGAGAGGGAGCGGGAGCGUCUGGAGGACCAGCAAAAGCUGCUCCAGGCCUGGAAGCAUGGGCGGCAGAGCAGCCUGUCCACUGUGAUACCUCACAUGGUCAUCCCUCUAGAUGUGCAGCAGGGCUCUCCACCAAAUAACUCCAGACAGCACACCGGUAACGGCUCUGUGUUUGUGAACGAGGCAGCUUUUGCCGACAGCAGCAUUAACAACCGUCACGACCACCAUAAAAGAAACGACUCAAGCGCACAUAAUUGUUUCAACAGCCUAUUGGACAGACCUAACAACAGACAGUACCCUGUUGUUACGACCCCUCAUGGCACAGGAUACAUCUACAGCCCCUUAGGAAGGCUCCAUCACACAACCAGUGAGUCCAGCUUUCAUGGCGAGGCCUGGAUGUCGACAACUGACCCAAAUCCGGAGCUCCCACAUCCCAGUGACCAUCAGCUGGAGCUGAAGACGCUGGUUUCCUUGGAGACGGACAGCGAUCAGGAGGAGGGAAGGGAGGAAACAAUUGUGUUCCUCUGAAUAUAGAAACAUGCCAGACUAGGAGGCUGACAUGGCACGUGGAAACAUUGUAGUUUCUAAAUAUAUUGUUUUUUCUUCUCUAAAUCAAAAAAAUAUACCGUUGCUUGUUUUGUUUAUUUCUCUUUUAUGUGUAUGAAAAAAAACGUCACUGUUUAUUGAGAAAGAAACUGAAAAGAAAGAGCCAGACUACGUCUUGCAUGUGUUAUGCACCUUAUAUUACAUUUCAAGUACUGCAAUUGUUAUUUAAAGGAAUGGUGUGGGUAUUUUUUAAGCAAGGCUGUGUUAGCAGUUUAUAAGCACUUCAUAUUUUGCCUGGUGUAGAUAACUCUCUCUUUUUGUCUUCAUUUUACAUAAAUCAAGGAUUAGUUGCUCACAGCGUCUUAAAACAAGUCCAGUCUCAAAAACGUCAUAGCAGUUUAAGGCUGAUUUAUACCAUAGUCACGUUUGCAUUGGGUGGCUAUUUACACAGUAGUCAAUGAUUAUUUAUCCAUUAAAUGGAGGAAGGGGGGGAACAAUGAUCUUCCUGUGUGAAACAUACUGCAUAACUAACAUACAACACGGUUUACAUUCAGAGUAACAAAGGAAUAGAAAUGUAAGGCAGUUUGUAAAUCAAGAAAACAUGGUUCACUUAUCCAUUAACAGGAACAUGUUCAGUUUGUUUUUGAAUAGCUAAAAUAAGGGAACCAGUUUAGCUAGCUGUUAGCCUUCCUACAUUUUGAGGAUUUCUUUCUUUACUUUUCUACAAACUGAUAUGACAUCGGCCUACUAGAGGUGAGGAAUCUACUACCAAUAAUAACUUUGCAAAAAAACAGUUCACAAAUACAUACUAAGCUGUUAAAGUGGCCCUAUGCUCUAGUUGGCCAAACUCUCCAUGUCUUCUUGGUCUUGACUCACAUAUCGACGUUACCAUUCAAUCUUGUAAAACUGUUUGCACUUUGCACAUAAACAGAGCUGAGUUGAAAUGUAUCUUUAAAAAAUUGACAUAUUUUCUUCAAGCAAUUGUAAACCUCUCAGAAAUGCUUGUCAUAAGCAUUAUGCUCUGUCAAGGUUUCAUCUUGAGUCAAGACCAAGAACUAUGGUUUGUAAAUAAGCACGGCUGCCUUUACUUUGCCUUAAAUGCUUAUAAUUAUUUGUGUCAUUUGAGCUUUUUUUGUCUUGGAGUUAGCUAAAAACAGAAUUCUGCUUAAAAGCUCACCAUAACUCUGCAUGCAUAGAGAGUUUUUACUUAUAUAUUAUAUCUAAUGAAAAACAAAUUUUUUUUUUUUCUUUGCAGUUUGGAAACUAUCUUGACAAUAUUCUUUAAAGUGCCCAGAACAAUACAAAGUUGCCUUCCUGAUGCUGUUGUACUUUUAUCUAAGUGAUUUCACUGAAAUAUUCAUGUUGCACAUUUUAACAAUAACUGCUGUUGCACAUGUGUUUACUGUUUCUCCAGAAUAUUUUGUUUUCUUUAAACAGAUCUGUGCCAAGGCUUUGAGUAUGUCCUGUUGUUUUUUACUUACACUAUAAGAGAGAAAAUUAUUGUUUCUCUGUUUUUGUUUUUGUUUUUUUCCUGCAAGGACAGUACAGCAGUGGCAGUAUUUAAUGUGGUAUUUAGUAAAAUGUACAGACAGUAUGUUCAUUAUUCUUAUUUAUUUAUUGCAUGACAUUUUAUGUUUUACUGUGUUUUCGUAAAAGGUUGAAUUGUACAUGGAUGUGUAACUGUGUGAAGGUGUUCACGUCAUGAGCUUAUGUGUUAAAUAAUAACACAUAUUGAUAAAAGGCCAUUUGUGAACUCCCAA